GGCAUUGUCAUAAUCAGAAGAAGAAAAAAACCCAAUCGAAACGAAACGAGUAAAUCGAUCAUCCCUACCCAUCGGCAAGAACCCAGCCAGCCAUCGAGCCGGCGUUCACGCGAAUGAAACAACCUUUCAGUGGGCCCAUUAACAUAUCCACCGUCAGACCGGGCCCUCAGUUGAUCGUCACUGGUCGGCCGGUGAGGAUCUCCGUUCUCGAAGUCGGCUCGGAGUGUGAAGCAUUAUUUUUUUUCGUUUUGACGGUUCUCCUUCGCCCACGAAGAGCACUGUUGUCGUUGGUCCGGACUCGUCUAGUCCGGCUUUAGUUCGUACACGACAGCCGUUCCAAUUAUCAGCUCGGACGAGGACGAACUCAACUCUUGUGCUGCAUCGCGUAGAUUCCUUCGUCUGCCCGAUGUCCAAUGUGAGCUAUUGGGACGCAAAAGCUGAUCUACCAUUUGGCGACCUCAAAUGGCGACUUCGAAUUGUGGUUGAAGAUAUUUCAAGUGAUCUUUCCUUCUUGAACCUUGGAUGCAAGCCACUCGAGCACUCUGGAGGCGCCCACAGAGAUUCGAAGGAGUGCGAACAAGCGAAAAGCAAAACCAGUUCUCUGAUGGUGGAUUUUUUUUUUAUGUUUAGAAGUUAGUGCCAAUAAAACGUGAGGUAAAUUAUACUAGAAAUAAGAUCUGUUCGUAUGUGAGCUCGCAGAGGUGCAGCCGAUUGGAGAGGAUCGCACCCAAAGCCCGGGAGUUAUGAAAUUGGUUCUUUACAUUUUUUUUUCUCACGGUCCCUCGGAUCGAUCUGAACUCGAUUAACAUGGGCUCGAAUCCGGCGGUUUGCUCGCCUAUUAACGGAGAUGUUUCCUCAUGAUUCGUCCGGCCGCCGUAUCCAGCGCGGCGAGUGAAGUGUUCCGAAUCCAAUUAUGGUUAAUUAAAUUUGAAAGCAUCGGAAGUUUGCAAUUGUUGUUGCUCGUCUUUCAUUUUUUUUGAGAGUUACAAAGUGUCGCCCGCGUACGGUGCUCGGUGGUGUUAUACAAGUGCAUCGGGUGGUAUUUGAUAUCGCGGGUUGAUGUGAUGUGCAUUUAUAAAAGCUUGGCGUACGGCGUCGCACAAAAAAAAAAGAAGUAUAAGGAAAUUAAAGGCAAUUUGUGUUAUGUUCAAUUAACUCAAAGAUGUGAGUGAGCUCGGUAAGAAGAGUAUCCAAUUUAGAACGAAGCGCCCACUUUCCGUUUGCUGAAACUCUUCUCGUGUGAGUGAAAUGUGAGUUUAAUUGAUGAAAAUGUUUUGCAUCAACCAGCAACAACAAUUCGUGAAAAUGAUAGAAUGGAUACUGGCCCAUUCUUAACUGAUCUUACGUUGGCGGUUGUAAAGAGAAUUAAAACGAUGAGAAAGAGACUUAAAUAAUCAACGAAUCUACGUUAGAGAAAUUAAACACAUUACAAAAACCAAAACAUUACUGCAUACCAGGAAGCAUUGAGUUACACUUCGGAUAGUGAAACACCCUCACGUAGUUGCACAAUGGCAGCUGUAGUAUACGGUAACAGUCCCCGGCACAGCAGCCGUCAUCAUCAUCCGGGUUCCGGGCAGGGUCAUCUAGUGGCCACGCCUCAUUCGCCCUAUCACCAGCAGCCGCAACAGCAUCAUUCACUGCCAUCGCAUCACUCGUCGGCUUCCUCGAUGACAGCGGCGGCUGCAGCGGCAGCCGCACUGUCCCAGCAAAUUAUCACUCCGCCGACGUCUUAUCUGUCGACUUCGACGACCACGAUUUCGUCGGUGUCCCACCAGCAGACCAUCUACUAUCAGCAGCAACAGCAACAGGCCGCCAUCCACUAUCACAAUAUGCGCAAUUCUAAACGAAAGUCAGCCGUCGAAAUGCUUGCCGAAAGCAAACCCUUCUAUGUCAAGUCGGAAACGGUUCUGGACCGGCAGCAGCAGCUGAGCAUGCGUACCACCGGUAGCUCCGGACCGGUGUCCGGGUCAUAUAUGCUAUCGCCAUCACGUGUACUUCCGCAGUCCAUCUGUCAGCUGCAGCCUUCCUCGCAUCACCAGCAAGUUCAGCUGCAACAACAGCAGCAGCAGCAGCAACAACAACAACAACGACCGGCUAGUCGACGAAGCGCAUCUUCCGGGUCCGAUCUGUUGCAGACCAAACUGCGCAAACUACUCAACACGGCCGAUAGCAAAGAGACAAUAAUCCCUUCGGACGUUGUGGGACUGAAUCCGAAGUACAGCCAGCAAUCACUGGAAACCAGCUACAUCAGUGGAGCCGGCAUUACCGGUAGUGAUUGCCUCAACAGUAUCGGCUACAUUCAGCCACCAAAGAACUACCAGCAACAGUUGACCGUACAUCCGGAACAACCGAGCGACAUGUCCGUAUUCUUUCCAAGCGCAUUCCUUUCGCCUCAAUCUUUGCCGCCGCAUCCCGUUGGUGAUGACGAUCUAUACUUGUACGGCGUACACGAUAGCCUGGUGCUGACGGAUGACUACCGCGCCAUCAGUCCACCGGCGGAAUACGCCGAAAACAAUGCAUCUCCGGAAAAACACAACAACAGCCAUAGUCGCUAUAACUACCAACGUUCGUAUUCGCAUUCCCAGGCGGUUGCCCACCAGGACGAAUCGGACUACUCACCGACACAGUCAUACAACAUCAACAGUCACAAGUCACUCCCGGAUCUGCACUCACAAAUCAGUCGUCAUUCACCGCACUCGGAAGCGUUGAGUUGCUGUAGCCGUGGAAACCGUUCCAAUCGUUCCGGUAGUUCCUUCAAUCGUGACUCCGGGGGUUCAUCGGGACACUACACACACCAUAGCGAACCAUGUUGCAAACAACAACAACAACAACAACAACAGCAGCAGCAACAACAACAACAACAGCUUCAACAAAAGGAUGGCCUUCUAAUGGGAGGAGCAGACUAUCGACGGGAUAGCGGUUCAUCUACGCAACACAGCGGAAACUCCUACUACGCCUACGGGAUUCCACCUCUUCGUUAUGAUUGCAUCGAAUGCCGUGCGAAGAUUCGUGAGGAAGCCGACUGUCUAUUGAAUUUCACAACACCGGAAGUUCCCGAAGCCUUUCAAGAUGACUACAGCGAAAAACAAAAGCAGAAAUACUACGAUGAAGUGAGAGAUCGGAGCGCCGCUGCUGCUCGGAAAUACUACAAGAAUCAUGGACCAAUGUCGCCAUUAUCUCCGGUGUCACCGCUGUCACCACAAGACCAACAGUUAGAUCUUAGUCCACCGUUAGGAACGUUCAAGCGACAGAAAUGUCUGCGAUUUAAGAAUCGCGGUCGACAGUCUGCCAUCAGUAAUCCCAACUCUCGCUGCGGCGAUGGCCGUGGUAGUUCCGGAGGGGAGGACGAUCGCCGACCGAUCCUACGAUCCAAAAGUGACAUUAGUGAUCGUUACUGGAAUCGGUUGUCGGAGCGAAGCGAUCGCGAAAGGGAACGAGAGAAAGAACGGGAACAGCAGAAACUUUUAGAAAAGCAACGAUCACGGUCAGAUAGUCUAACGCAGCUAGAGCACUUCUUCGACCGUCUCGGACUGAACGAUGAAACCUACGAGCGGCAUAUCGCACCGUCGAAGGCGGCAUCCAAGACCCCCAACUACCGAAGCAACUCCGGCAGUGAUAUUCACCGAUUAUCGACGGAUGAUGCGGGAGAUUCCGAUGAGUCCAGUGCCGUGUUCUUCUCGGACGUCAGUACAGUCGAUUCGACCCGACUGCCGGACAGUACCGAAAUCACCGAACGUAACGAACCACCGCAGAGUGCUCUGGGCCCACUGACUAGUCUAAACAAUCCAGCACUGUAUCGACCAAGCGAACCACCAUCGAUCAUCGAACGUAACGCCCGAAUCAUCAAGUGGCUCUGUAACUGCAAAAAGAUGCAACUGACAUAAGGUUGGCUGAUCGGAGCAACCCCGGCCGAGGUUGCUUUGUUUUCGUCAAAACUUGCUCGUUCCAGAACGUUCGAUCGCAAUUAAUGACUCACGUUGCAAAACGGAUAGGAUACCAGUCGAAGCAGAAUCUCUUCUUUUUCGAACCAUUUUUUUUUUCAUUCUUGUAGUCCAUCUAGGGUCUAUAACCAGAGUGACGAAAUGUUGGUAACAACUAAAACCUUUUAAUCCUAAAUGUUGGUAGCUUCGUUAGCUUUACAUUGUUUGACAGAUCGUUUGGUCAAAAUGUGUCUUUCAAACGAACAGCUGUCGUCACUCUGGUAAAAGACAUUGUGGCCCUUAUUACCGUUCUCACUCCACUUUCACAUUCACUUCACUUGAUUUUACCUAUUACCAGUAUCACGCAUAGUGAAGUGAUCACUGUGGUGGAAAAAUCUAAUUUUUUCAACAAAAUGUUGGUGGCGUGAUGUUCAUAAUGACAUCCAGUUCAUUCAAGUAAUUACUUUUGUCACAGAAGAGUCUUUCGUAAUAAGGACUGAUUUGAUUUCCACCGUGAAUUGAUACCCAUAAUAAGUGUCACAGUCACUUCACUUUGUUUUCACCGUGUAGUGAUACCGGUAAUAAGGGCCACUGUAAGUUCACCUGUACUAUCGACAUGGACUUGGUAAUAUCAUAAAGCUAAUAAAUCUAGACAACCGAGAGUACCCAGUUAACUCGACUGGAAUUCGACUGGAAUACUGAAUUCCGAAUCAAAUUCCAGACGAGUUAACUGGGCAAUAUAAAUGUAACGGAGCUGUCUGUGACAACAGAAGCACCUUCUGGUGAGAAAUGGAGGCAGAAAACAACUAAAAUGUUAUGUAUAAAGUAUCCUUGUGCAUUUCACACUACCAUUUCUCACUAUAGCGCUGUCAGUGUCUCGGUACAGUGAGAAAUCUAGGUUCACUUUAUGAUCAACUCGCAUUAGACCGAUCCGACUAUUUUUUGCUGGUUCGGUAAUGGCGUAGCUUGCGUAUGCUCUUCACGCUCGUUCAAUGUUACUCUAAAGUGAGUACAAUUUCACUCACUUUCGUUGAAAAUAGAACUACUCUACAGUGUGUAAAGCUUGUUUACUCACUUUUGAGUAAAUAUGGUAGUUGUCAAAUUCUGAGUAACAUUUACUCAAUGCUACAAAUGAGAAAAUUAGCUCGAGUGAGUAGAUAUUACUCAAUAUCAUUCGAAUUAUCUAAGGAAAUCUUUGCUUUAAAUAAAACUGCGUGUAAAUGAAAAAGAAUGCAACUUUUUUUAAAAUAUUUUCUCAAAAGUUCGCUUUUUUACAUUUUGUAGUUUUUCCAUAGAAUGUAAUUAUAGAAACAUGUCAAAAUAAAACAAAAACAUCUUCAAAUUAAGAAUAUAACACUUGGCUAAUAGAGAUGAAUAGAACUUGAGUUUAACUACGGUUAGUUGCCGGGCACUGAUUGGACUCAUGAAAAAUAUUUUAUUGGUUACUUCAGAGUAAUCGGGCUCCGGAUCCGUUUCACGUCUUGACGAUGUGCUGAUACUGGAAGCGAAAUCGACAGCACUUUUUACAUCAGAAAUGUCUUCGCUUUAAUUUUUCUAACGGAUGUGAGUUUAUUAUGAUUAUGAGUAAAACUUGUUGUCAAUUUAGAAACUGAGUAGAAGUUACUCAGUCUUCUAAAUCAAUAUUACUCACUUUUUGACAUUUGAACUAAAUAAGCAAAAGUGAGUACAAAUUACUCACUUGAGAGUAACAUUGAACAACAUUCUAACUAACAACUAACAUUCCUUUUAGUUUCUUGUCGGUGGUGUCAUCUCACGAGGUCAACUUGUCUGGAAUUUGAUUCAAAAUAAUGUCGAUUUUGAGUACUUUCCACCUAAUUUCAGAAUUCCGUUUAAUAAUCUAGUCUUAGGUGAAGUGGUUCUAAGUAGUUUCCAUAGGGCCCUUGAACAAACAUACUGAAAAGUAAGUUUUAUCUUCUGGCAGCCGACAGAAGCCUGGCAAGAUACCGGCAACUGUCAAAAUUUUGGAGGCGAAAUUGCGUCAUUCUCUCGCCACGUCACGUCUUGCAAGACCGCUCUUCCUACUUUGCUUCUGUUCGAAUUCAUUUGAUAUUCGUCAAUCCUGUACGUACAUCCAAAAAUAAUAACGAGAAUUGAUACCAAGUAAAUGAGAUGAAAAUACUGGUAUAUUUUGAGAAGAAACUUUGCAUAUUGCAGGCCCUUAAUACCGGCGUCACUACACGGUGAAAACCAAGUGAAGUGACUGUGACCCUUAUUAUGGGUAUCUGAAUGAACUUGAUGUCAUUAUGGACACCACGCCAUCAACAUUUUGUUGAAAAACAUAGUUUUUUACACUACAGUGAUCACUUCACUAUGUGUGAUACCGGUACUAGGAAAAAUCAAGUGAAGUGACAUGUAAGUGAAGUGAAUGUGAAAGUGAAGUGAGAACGGUAAUAAGGGCCGCAUUGUUGCCAGUCUCGUGCCGGAAUUCUGCCAGCAUUCCGGCAAAACCUUCUGGCAGACGCUGCCUUGCGUCUGGGGGGAAAUCUGUCAAGCACAUUCAAGCGGGCAAUGUAUCCGUACAGCAGAGUUGCCAAUGUUCCAGAUUUAUGUGGCAUUUCUCUCGUUUCGACAGACACUAACAAAUCAGAUCUAUGCCAAAUUUGAUAGCUUUCACCAGAUUUACAAAUUUCCUGCAUAUAAAAACAAGUAGAAAAUGACGAAAAUAAUUGCCUGUGAAGACAUGGCACCGUUUUUUUAUUAUUCCACCCCGGUUUUAAUCAUAAUUGGUCAUUCGCCGACAGUUUCGCUCAAGUAGAGUCAAACUUUACGUAUGUGUGAGACUUCCAGAUGCCUUGCACGAGAUCUUAUUUUACUAACAAGUCGAAUAUGAGAUGUUGCCUCACCGCUGCCAGACAUACACUUCAAAGAAUAAAACAACGUACCCACUACCUUAUCGGUUCUGAGGGAGACAUGGCUGAAAUCCGUUUGCGAUAGUGCAGGCAGGCAAAGAGUCAACGAAAUAAACCAAUUUUUUUUUUUUUAAAUCCUUAUGACGGUCUGUAGCCCUGAAAAGUGCCUUGGACUGCAAUGAACUAUGGAAUCAGCAUUCAGGCAAAUCCGAGAUGGCUUUUGGUACGUACACUCGGUAAAAUCUUCAGAAAUUCGGCUCGGAAUUAUGACAGCAAAUCUAACGCAAAUAACCGCACGAGUGUCAGAUUUUAAUCAAAAGCUAAAAUUAACCGCGAAAUGGUUCACAGCCUUAAAAACUUGGUAUUGAGUGAGAAAAAUGGAUGAUAGCAAAACCUAAAGGAACGACGAUUGUCUGACGCUCUAUAGAACACUAUCGGAACAACAUCUGUCCGAUUAUGUCGAUAUGUUUUAAGGUUGGUGCAAAUUUAUCCGGUGAUGGUCCGAUCGUUGCGCUGCGAUCGGACCGAUAGACAAAACUUAAUAGAAGAAGACGCUCUUGAACGAUUUUGAAACAUUUUUGUUGGAUUUCUUACUGAGAUUUCAAGACAGCACAACAAAUGGGAAGUUAUUUCUGUAAAUUUCUUAUGAUUUUACCGAUCUGUAUAUUUUCGAGUUUUCAAUUUUCCGCUGAAGUAAUUGAAGUGACUAACUAUAGAAUAACUAACUAUAGACUGACAUUUUCAAGAUAAACCAUUCGGCUUUACAUUUGUAGGCUAUCCAAAAUGAAGAGUUUGCUGCUUUCUGCUGGUUUCCUAUCUCAUAGAUUGUGACGAUGUAGAAAAAACCGAAGGCGUAAUUAAUAACCACAAAGAGAAUUGACCCACAAGAAAGUAAUCCAUGAAUAUGAAUAUUUUACGACGAAUUAUCGGUAAAUGCUGAUUUCUGUAGGUAAACAUCAGAUCCCACACGUAUACCUUAGUAGAACAUUUGAGAAAAAAAGGAUUGUAGAGUGUAGAGCAACAUAAAAGUAUUCGGAAUAGCAGAACCAGACCAGACCACUCCUAAAACAAUGUCAAUCAAAUUUCUAACGUAGAAAUCAAAGUGAACAAAAUACAAAAAAAAUACAUAAACAGAGAAAGAGAACCAAAGAAAAAUGCUAUGUCUCGUUGUUAGAACUGGUUAUGAAACAACGGAACCCAAUCGGAUACAGGAAAUACUAGAAGAACGUGUUAAAAAUCAAAACAUAAUAAUAGACUACAAAAAAUAUACAUAAAUCAAAAGAGCUGAGCUAACUCGAAUAGUUCUAGAAGUUUCGAUAGUUUCCAACGUACAUGACUAAGAGAAGGCAUUCAAAUUUCUGCCGUAGUGAAUCCCCGUAUGACGAAUAGGAGCUACUCUAUAAAAUAUAGUUCUAUAGAAACAAAACAAAACGUCGUUGCCUAUCAUCGAGAGUUUACAGUAUACAUACUAAUUAUUUUCGUUUUGAUAAACAAAUAGUAAUACUGGCAACAAAACGUAUAAACGUGUCUGGCUAUUUUAAGUAGUACAUUACAAAUUGCUGCUUCACUUAAUUCAAAUAACCAAGUGAAGAACUCAUCUUAUUCUUAUAUGAUGAUUUAGCGUGUGUUUAUCUAUUCAUUCAGCCUUCUAAACAAAUAAAUAUACUGAAGUUAGCUUCACUGUGUGAUGGAAAUCUACUGUCAAACUGAGCAAAACGAAGCACUAUCAGAAUUAUGGAAUGCUGCCGAGACGAUCCUAACGAAAUAUUCUUGAAUCACUAACCAGAUAGUUUCUACACCACCAAUCAUAUUCCGAUCGGAAUCGGAGCUAACGAUUUGAAGCAGAUUGAAUUUCAUGUAGUCUAUGUGUGUGUGUCUGAAAUAGGAAGUUCCGAAUAUUUCGAUGACCGACAUCUUUUUAACGAAUAGACUCAUUUAUAUACAGAAGUAUUGAUAACAGUAUAUGCAGAACAUGGCACAAAAAUUAGCUGUUUUCAUCACUUACUCUAGAAAUUUUGAAAUACUGUUUUGACAGCGGAUCUUGGCAAGUUGUCGGCAGACUACUUUAGUUUUUUUCCAAGUGGGUAGACCUAAAAAUAAAUCAAAGCAGAAUACGCAGUGAACAUGUCGAACCGAUUCAGAACGGUUCUGUCAGUAUUGUAUGGCAACAAUCCGGUAGAAACAGAACCGUUAAUCUGGCAACAUGAAUUCCGAAUCAAAUCCGCCCACAUUAUCAGAUCCGAAUCAAUUCCUAAUCGGCGAGAAAUUUUCAUUCGGAAUUCCAUGUGGAAAACAUGUGGAAUUCCGAAUCAAUUCCAACUCCAGUGCAACAACCGAUUUCGAAUGAAUUUCGCCUACAACCGGGUGAUUCGGAAAUCUGUUGGAAUUGAGUGAGAAGAUGCGGACUGAAUUGUCAAUUCGUCUUCUUCUUUUCCGAUACGUUUUCGUACUGACUUUCAGUUUAUUUUUAAAUGAAAACAUUACAUAACUGAAUAUACCAAUUUAAAUCAUCAUAUUUUUCGGAUAUACAGAACUAGUAAAUAACCAGUUCUUCUUAGAAUUCCAACAAAAACUGUUGAAAUUCGCUGUAAAUUAACAAAACGGCCUACCUUAGUCAGCAUCAUCCAUUCCUCUAGCUGGAGUGUAGUGGAAUGGCUUAAGGCGCCUAAAUUUUACACUAACACAUUCAUAAAAUGAGCGAAUAUUCAAUGACAUUUAUAAUGUCACUGUCAAUCGGGUUGAUCGAGCAGCCAACUCAGGCGAAAAUUCUAGCACUGAUCGGUUCAGUGCUAGAAUUUUCGCCUGAGUUGGUAAAAUCAUGCAGUCGAGUAAGAACUCACUACGCAUUCCGUCGUUUCGAUAAUGUGGGCGUUAGGGCGAAAAAUUUUCAUUCAGAAUUCCAUGUGGAAUUCAGGCUGUACACACUUAAAUUUUUUAGCUGAGUCUCGGCAAAAAAAUGCCGAGAUUCGCACAGCCGAGUAAUCAGCAAUCAUCUCGGCAAAAAUAAAAUUACUGAGCGUCUCGGCAUCCUAAAAUUUGACAAACGUCAAAUAUUGCCGAAAUCGUUAGCAUAAGAUUUACUGUUUGCUCAGUUAAACGUUCACUGAAUAUUCGGAAAUCCAAUAAAACGAAAAAAUGAAAAAAAUAAAUUACCGAAUCAUCAGUAAUUAAAAAUCUAGUCAAUUAAUUUUGUUUGUAUUUUCUCAACAUUAUAAACACGCCAUUCAGGAUUAAAAAUUCAUUUUAUUAAAACUUAAAGGAGGCUUACAAAUUUGUUGCCAGUAGUGCUUAAAGUCUACCUGAAACCAUGUAGCAUAAAUAAAAAGCGGCGUUUCCAGAUGCGGCCACCUUGAGUCGAGCUGGAAAUAUGAAAAUAAAAAUAUAUAUUGAUUUUUGGCUUACAAAAUUGUUCAAUAUUUAAUGAUGCAUAUACGGUAUUGUUCAAACAAUAAACUUACUUUGAUCUAUUGAAUUAUUCCAUGCAUGGGGUUAUUUUUUCGCAAAUCCCCCAAAGUUUUGUCUCGAGGACGCUUUGAGCCCCGUGUUGGGUGUUUUUCCCUUAUAAUCGCGAGUGCUCUGAUAAAGUCGCUUUUUAUAAAGCGAAACAUGUCACUAUAUUUAUUCAAUAUUUUUACUUGCAAGUGGUUUCACGUUUCUUCGAAGAUUACCCAUUAUUUCACUCGAGAAUUUCAUUAGAAAAUAAUCGCACAAUGCGAAGCGAAAAUGUAACGCGGCAAUAAAUGACAGCUGUCGUGCUGAAUCUCGGCAACAGCUAGCGCAUAUUCCGAAAUCUCGGCAAACGUCUCUGCUGAUGUCGGCAUAUCUCUUGUUUACUGAUAAAUUCAGCAAGCAAUUAUGCCAAAUUUCGGCAAAGUGAAGCAUUUUACCGAAAUAUCAGUGAAUGCAUUUAACGAAGUUCAGAAACAUGCGUAUUGAUUACUGAGCAAUCAGCAAAUUUACGUGUUGCUGAUCAGUUUCGGCAUUUUAUUAUGCCGAGCUCAAGAAAUGGUUUUAAGUGUGUAAACCAUUUUGCGGUUAAUUUUAACUUUUGGUUAAAAUCUGACACUUGAGUGGUUAUAUUGUGUCGAGUAGUUCAAUUUAACUAAAACUGCGGCCCAUUUCAAAAUUUGACGAACGGAACGUUAUUUGGGUUCAUUUUCCACUGGCAAUAAUUUCAACUAAAGAAUUAAUAUUAUAGAAUUUUCAUUGCUAGAUAUUUUUCAGUGUCGAAAAAUAACCAUCGAUCUGUUAAAAAUAUCCAUGCUCUCGAGCAGGGUUAUUUUUGACAACAUUAAAAUAACCACUCAAGGUCAGAUUUCAACCAAAAGUUAAAAUUAACCACGAAAUGGUUCACAGCCUCAGAAUACCAUGUGAAAUCCGAAUCAAUGCGGAAUCCAGUGCAACGACCGAUUCCGAAUGAAUUUCGCCUCAAACCGAUUGGUUCGGAAAUCUAUCGGAAUUGAGUGAGAAGAUGCGUACUGAAUUGUUAAUUCAUUUUCAGUUUAUUUCUAAAUAUAAAAUUUCUAAAUUUAAAUCUUAAAGUUUAGGAAAUUACAAAAAGGCCUACCUUAGUCAGCAUCAUCCAUUCCUCCAACUGAAGUGUAAUGAAAUGGCGUAAGUCGCCUAACUGUUACACUAACACACUCGUAAAAUGAGCGAAAACUCAAUGACAUUUAUAAUGUCACUGUCAAUCGGGUUGAUCGAGCACCCAGGAACGAGCAGUCGAUUAAGAAUUCAUUGCUCAUUCCGCCAUUUCGGUAAUGUGAGUUAGCUCUUAGAUGCCGAGAUGCUAGAACUCUCAUGGGGGAAGAGCAACGAAAUGUCAUGUCAACAUGACUGUGUGAAUUGCAUGGAAUUCGGCUAGCUUCAAUUUCAGUUUCAAGUAUGGUGUUAAUACUGCCUUUGAAAACUCCAGGAAACUGCUGGCGACAAACACUUUUUUCUUUGCGAUCAAUGCCAGAUAUUGAAUCAGUAUCUGGCCUUGAACCCUGUAAAACAGUUGUCACUAGUUGGAUUUGACAGAUUUCAACUGCAGCGAUUUUGCAAACUUCACUGCGCCAUCAAACAAGAUUGCCAUUGAGCACGGUACUACAUACACACACCACCACAACACAACCCAAACGGAAUAACUUAUAAGGAUUUAAACAUGCACACAACUCUUCCGAGAAAUGUUGAUGUGUGUAUGUAACUACUCAGAUACGCACAUGUCAUGUGGUUCCACUUUUACUAAAAGGUGUCACUGGUGAUUCUUUUGUUAUUGUAAUUUUGUCAACUGGUCUUUACCAUACGUUAAUUUCAUCUCAUGAGCUAACUGAAAUUGAUUACUUAAUCAUUAAAUAAUGAUAACACUUGAGUGGUUAGAUUAACUAGACAUUGAUAAAAAAAAACAAAACAAUAUCGAUAGAAAGAACCCGUAUAUGAAACAAUUUAAUACUAUUUUCUAGUCUAAUAAAAAUAAUGAAUCAAAUACUUAAUUGAAUAAAGUAUAAUACUACUAUAUGCAAAUGAAUCGAAUUAAUCAUACUAUAGCGAAUAGAAUUAGACAGGAAAAUUUAAAACAAGCGCUGUUCGAAUCGAAGAAAAAUUACACUAUUCAAUUAUCUGCAGAAAACAAUCUUUACACUUUGCGAUAGAAUAGAAUCAAGAAUCAAUCGCAUACGCUGUAUGAAAAGCGAUAAACCUGAAGCUCGAAUCCAGAGUUCGAUUGUUUCUGAACGAAACCUAUAUCCCGAAAACAAAACUAUAACUAAUAACAAUAACACUGUAUUCCAUAAACACAUCAAGUACAAUGAGGUACAUACAUGUGGUGAGAAGCGAACACAAUAGAAACUGUUGAAGCAACACACACUGAAGUGACACGUUUGCUCCACCUGUAUAUAUCCCAUUGCAUCCAAAUAGCCACUACUGUAUAAUAGCAGUGAAACCAGAAAGAUUCGAUUGAAAUUUUAAAACACCUACAAACCCGAAACCACAGAACUUGACCGUAGAAGAAGAUAAUCCCGUGACGAACAGAGAGUUCGUUUGCUUUUUUCGAUUCAAGACAAAAACAAUAAUCAAAAUGGGAAACAGAAAACAAACUAGAACAUGCAUGCAGCACAUUCUUACGAUAUAAUCGAAUGCUCACAGUGGAAAAUGAAUCAAAACAUAAAAUCAAAGUCAACCAACCAAUAUAACAUAGCAUAACUAAUUGCAAUAGCGUAAAUAACGUCAACAUAUAACAAACACAAGUGACAUUGUAUAACUCAAAGUAACACAAACCAUAUACAGCGGUCGGAACGUAACGGGAAAUCACGGUAGCGAAGUAACGAUUGUUCAAGCAACAGUUCAAUCUCCCUCAAGCCCUGGUUUUGAGGGAGACAACCGGCAAUUGGAAAUCAUUUACAACCACCUAGACAGUUCCCAUCAUGAUAAAAAUUAUCAAAUAGGCAAAAAUCAAUAAAAGUGAACAAGUAUAAUAAUAACA